AUAAUUUAAACAUUUACAUGGACAUCCAAGUCAGAUAUUAAAAUGAAUAAACCACCUAUAAUGGUGUACAAUCAUUCGAUGAUUUGUUGCAAGAGAUUGAAAAAAAGUACCCUCUUCUAACAAAUUUCGAAUUGUCAUAUUAAGAUGAAGAGGGCGAUACAAUUUAGGUCUCAAACACAAGUGAUAUCAUAGCAAUUACUGAUUUACAUAAAGUGAUAAUUUAGAUGGAGGCUUAAAUAAACUAAAAUAAGGUCCAAGAAUUGGAGAAAGCUAAGAAAGUGGAAGAAUUAAGAUAGAAACGACUUGAAGAGCAAAAAAGAAAAAAGUUGGAGGAAUUAUAAAAAGAGAUGAAUAAACUUUAAGAAUUGAGCCAAGAGAAACUCCAAACAGAGCAAUAAUAUAGAGAGCAAGCUGAUCAAUUGAAUCAUCUCCUAAUACAACUGAGUCAAUUCCAAAAUCAACCUUUGGCUGAGUUUAAAAAAGUGUUUUAUGACUCUGACAUUUUUGAUUAAAUCAGAGAAAAAGAAUAAGAAUUAUUGGUGUUAGAGGAUAAAAAAGGGUUUGACACCAAAUUAAAAGCAAUUCAGAAGGAUGUGUAGGAGACAUUUGAAAAAUUGUUCUCAAAAAGGACUGUUUAACAUUAGGAGAACUAUUAGAAAUGGUUGGAAAAUAAACACAAAAUUCAAAUUGUUAAUUAAUAGAUUGCUUAGAAGGAAAUCGAGAAAUAGGGAAAACUUUAAAAAUUAGAUGAUAAAUUGAAGAAAGUUCAAGAGAGUGUGGCCAAGAUGAAAGCAGAAUUAAAUGUACCCUAGUAGAUUGAUGAUUUAUUUUGAUUCAUUUUGAUAUUUUGAUAGAUUUGAGUCUUC